AUGGAGUCCAGCAGUCGUAAUGAAGUAACCAGAUUGUGGAGAGUAUACCGCACAUCUCACCAGAUGGUUCACGAUCGAGGCUAUCUCGUAUCUCAAAAUGAGAUUGACAUGGAACUUGAGGUUUUCAAGCGUACAUUUGCACCCUCCGGUGAAGUUGAUCGUGAUCAUUUGACCUUUGUUGUUCAAAAGAGAGACGAUCCCACCCAGCAGCUUCUCGUUUUCUUCCCCAAGGACAAGUCAGUCGGUGUUAAGCCUCUGCGUGUCUAUGUUGAGCGUAUGGCACAGCAGCAAAUCCCCAAGGGUAUUUGUAUCUACCAGCAGAGCAUGACAUCUUCUGCCAACAAGGUUAUCCAAUCCUUGCCCACCAAGCACACUCUUGAAUCUUUCCAGGAAAAUGAGUUGUUGGUCAACAUCACACAUCAUGUUCUUGUCCCAAAGCACGAGGUUCUGACACCCGAGGAAAAGGCAACCUUGCUCCAGAGAUACCGCCUCAAGGAUACUCAAUUACCCCGUAUUCAGCACACUGACCCUGUUGCAAGAUACUAUGGUUUGAACCGUGGACAGGUUGUAAAGAUUCUUAGAGAUAGUGAGACUGCCGGUCGCUACGUUAGUUACAGACUCUGCAUCUAA